GUCUCCCUUGUCCUCCUAAAACCCUAACCCCUCCGCCGCCCCCAAACCCCAACCAGCAGCAGCCGCCGCCGCCAUCCGCCGGCGAGAUGGCGCUGUACCUGCUGUUCGAGUCGGCCUCCGGCUACGGCCUCUUCCACGCGUAUGGCAUCGACGAGAUCGGCCAGAGCGUGGAAGCUGUGCGCUCCUCCGUCCUGGACCUCGACCGCUUCGGCAAGGCCGUCAAGCUCACCGCCUUCAACCCCUUCUCCUCCGCAGUCGACGCGCUCAACCAGUGCAACGCCAUCUCCGAAGGGAUCAUGACCGAUGAGCUGAGGAGCUUCCUGGAGCUGAACCUGCCCAAGCCCAAGGAGGGGAAGAAGGCCAAGUACAGCCUUGGCGUCGUCGAGCCAAAGGUCGGCUCCCACAUCGCAGAGGUCACCGGCAUCCCUUGCCAGAGCAACGAGUUCGUCCAAGAGCUGCUCCGCGGCGUCCGCCUCCACUUCGACCGCUUCAUUAAGGAGCUCAAGGAGUCGGACUUGGAGAAGGCCCAACUUGGCCUGGGGCAUAGCUACAGCAGGGCCAAGGUGAAGUUCAAUGUGAAUCGUGUUGACAACAUGGUGAUUCAGGCAAUAUUUCUUUUGGAUACUCUUGACAAGGACAUCAACUCCUUCUCCAUGAGAGUUAGGGAAUGGUUCUCGUGGCACUUCCCUGAGCUUGUCAAGAUUGUCAAUGACAACUACAUAUAUGCCAAGCUUGCUAAAUUUAUUGUUAACAAAUCUGAUUUGGCGGAGAAAGAUGUUCCUGCUUUGGCUGAUAUAGUUGGUGAUCUGGACAAGGCUAAAGAAAUUGUUGAAGCAGCAAAGGCUUCAAUGGGCCAGGAUCUGUCACCAGUUGAUUUGAUUAAUGUCCAGCAAUUUGCCCAGAGGGUUAUGAAUUUGUCUGAAUACCGUAAAAACCUUUAUGAAUAUCUUGUGACUAAGAUGAAUGAUAUUGCGCCGAAUCUAACAUCAUUGAUUGGUGAAGUUGUUGGAGCUCGCCUAAUCUCUCAUGCUGGCAGUCUUUCAAAUCUUGCCAAGUGCCCUGCCUCCACUCUUCAAAUACUUGGUGCUGAGAAGGCACUUUUCAGAGCACUGAAAACUCGAGGGAACACACCGAAGUAUGGUCUCAUAUUCCACUCGUCCUUUAUUGGCCGUGCUACAACCAAGAACAAAGGCAGAAUGGCUCGCUACCUGGCAAACAAAUGCUCGAUUGCAUCACGCAUUGAUUGCUACUCAGAGGCAAGUACCUCUGUCUUUGGCCAAAAGUUGCGUGAGCAAGUUGAGGAGAGACUGGAAUUCUAUGACAAGGGUGUUGCGCCUCGUAAAAAUCUCGAUGUGAUGAAAGCUGCUAUUGACAGUAUGGUCAAUGGAACCUCAAUCGAUGAUGAUGAUAAUGAGAAGACUGAUGCAUCUGCCAAGAAAAGCAAGAAAAAGAAGUCCAAGACAGAGGCUGAUGGUGAUGCAAUGGACCUGGAUAAGCCCUCCAAUGCUGCUGAUGGCGAAGCUGAGCCUGGAACCGAGAAGAAGAAGAAGAAAAAGAAGCAUAAGCUAGAGGAGGAGACCCAGGAGCAGGAGAAUGGCGCUGCCAAUGGUGACGCUGAGGUUAACGAAACUCCCAAGAAGAAGAAGAAGAAGAGCCGCGAAGUUUCAGAGGAUGCUGAACCUAAGACAGCCACUGAAGGGAAGAAGAAAAAGAAGAAGAAGUCCAAGGCCGAGGAUGAUGAGUAGUUUACCUACUGUAUGGUGAUGAAUUCAGAGUAUUUGUUGAAAACAGAGAUGAACAUCUAGGUUGUGGUCCAUGCAGAGUUCGAUGAAAUCCUGCUCGACUAUGAAGUUUUCCUAUCUUCUCUAUAUGUGGUUUUGGUUCCCGUCGAGGGUGUGGAAUCCUAGUAGACUGCGUGGAAUUUUUGUUUGUUGAAGAGGCUAAUGCACUCGUGAUCUGUCAGCUAGUAUCAGGGUUAAACCCUUUUUGCCA